UCCAAUCAGAGAGAGAGAAAGGAAGGAGCGGGGAGGGGAAAUGAAAAGAAACUGGUUCCAGUGCGCAUGUGUGGGGAUGUGCUUUGGCACUCCAGGUAAAGAUGGCGGAGCGCGGUUACAGCUUCUCGCUGACUACGUUCAGCCCAUCUGGUAAACUUGUCCAGAUAGAAUAUGCCUUGGCUGCUGUAGCUGGAGGAGCCCCUUCAGUAGGAAUUAAAGCUGCAAAUGGUGUGGUAUUAGCAACUGAGAAGAAACAGAAAUCCAUUCUGUAUGAUGAGCGAAGUGUACACAAAGUGGAACCAAUUACCAAGCAUAUAGGCCUGGUGUAUAGUGGCAUGGGCCCAGAUUACAGAGUGCUGGUGCACAGAGCCCGGAAACUAGCUCAGCAAUACUAUCUCGUUUACCAAGAACCCAUCCCCACAGCUCAGCUGGUGCAGAGAGUCGCUUCAGUGAUGCAAGAAUACACUCAGUCAGGUGGCGUUCGUCCAUUUGGAGUUUCCCUACUAAUUUGUGGUUGGAAUGAGGGGCGACCAUAUUUAUUUCAGUCCGAUCCGUCUGGAGCUUACUUUGCCUGGAAAGCCACAGCAAUGGGAAAGAACUAUGUGAAUGGGAAGACUUUCCUCGAGAAAAGAUACAAUGAAGACCUGGAACUUGAAGAUGCUAUUCAUACAGCCAUAUUAACCCUAAAGGAAAGCUUUGAAGGACAGAUGACAGAAGACAACAUAGAGGUUGGAAUCUGCAAUGAAGCCGGAUUCAGGAGGCUCACUCCGACUGAAGUUAAGGAUUACUUGGCAGCCAUAGCAUAAUAACUGAGUGACUGAAAAAUCUGGAAUCUCAGAUAAUCCCUCUACUCAAACAUGUUUAAAGUAUGUUUUGUUUUGCAGACUUUUUGCAUACUUAUUUCUACAUGGUUUAAUGGACUGAUGUUUUUAAAAUGACACUUAUAAAUCAUAAUAAACUGUUAAAUCUAACUUCUAGCUUUUUAGGAGCUAGUGAAAUUUUAAAAUAGUUAUUUCCUGCUUUUUAUCACAGUUGACUUCUGGAAACUACACUGCAAAGCAGAAUGGUGAAAUCACUCAUUAGUCUUCAUGCAGUUUUGGUUCAGUCAAACCUUGUUACACUCUCUGCUGUCAGAUGUUGUCUGUGUGUGUCAGUAAAGCAAAAUGCUGAUUUUGGUAAACAUCACUGCAUUCAGAGCUUGGAGAAUCUGCAGGCUUUCAUGGAUUUGUGAGAUGAUAGGAAGUAUAGGUGUUUUGUGGGCACCGUUAGGUGUACAUCAGUGAAACCCUAGGACACUGAGGUUGCACUGUGGCUGUGAAGGGUGCUAGGUCGAAGAAUGUCCUAUAGGAAAUCUGUGAUGCAAAUAAAUAAAAAGUGGUGGACUCGUUCCUGUUGGUUUCUCCAUCACAAGUAGGUAAAUGUAUUUAAAGGAGUCCCUUAGAUUCUCCUAGACGUUUUAAACUCAAGGAUGAACAUAAGUGCUAGAAAUAAAAUACUUAAUACUUAAACAUCAAUGCUAUGGCUUAAGGGUCUCCCUCAUUCAUGUAAUCUCAACCUUGGCUGUCAAUUAAGACUUACAUAAGUAGGCAAAUAAUGUGACCUCUGUUUUCAUUAUACAGGAAGACAUACUGCUUAAUUUUGUUGUUUUUAAGACAUUUUUAGGAUAAGAGAAAUCAUUAGUGUGGCCCAUAGAACAGAGUUUAUGAAUAUCAUUUUUUUUUUUAAGAUUUAUUUAUUUAUUUGAGAGAGAAAAUAUAAGUGGGGUGAAGAGCAGAGGGAGAAGCUGGGCUUGAUCCUGGGACCCCUGGACCAUGACCUGAGCCAAAGGCAGACACCCAACUGACGGAGCCACCCAGGCACCGCUAAAUAUCAUCGUUUCUUACUAACAGACGUAAUAGGCAGUUCCAUGAUUCAAAUGUGGCUCAAAAGUUUUUUAAGAUUUAGCUGAGUGUAGCAGAACAGAGUCUUACCUUGAAGUGUUUUGGUUCGGAUUCCCAGUUCUGCUCCCCACCAUCAUGAUAGCUCUGUAUCUUCAUGUAGGUGGCAGUAGACACCUACUGGGAUGGGAGGUGGCAGCUUGAUCUCUGAUGUCAGCAUGUUUGUUUUGAAAAUCGUAUCUAAUCUCUUGGUGUAUUGAAACUCCAUCAGCACCCUAGAAAGAGAACAUAGUAGUAGAAAGGAAUGGUUUUUGGGUCAGGUCUUAACUCUUUUACUUACUGGCUCAGAGGGUUUUCUGAGGACAGAAUUUGAUGAUGCAGAUGAAAGGUCUGCAGGGCUCAUGCUCAAGUAUUCUGUAAGGUUUAGCUGCCUUUGGAUUUGUUCAGGCCCUCUCUAACGUCCAAUGUUCAAAAACCAGAGGAAUUUCAAAAUUCUACAAGUCAAAGAAUGGAAAGUAAAGGCAGGCAUGUUAAGGAGAAAAGUGUUAAUUCCUACUGAAGGCUCACAGAGUAAGUCCACAGAAUAAAAGGAGGAAAAAUUCAUAGAAGCAAAUCUGUGUCCAUAUUCUGUUCUCUGAUUCUUCCCCCAUUAAAUGCAAAGUGUCGUUCAGUUGAUGCUGCCUAGAACACUUUUACCUUUGUUUUCAGUUCCUUCUUUUCAUUGACCAGAAAAGCCAUUCCUUUUGCUCCCAGUUCUUGGGGAAUUCAAUUGCGACCCCAUCCCUAAAUGUCUCACAACUCUUCAGUCAUUCCAGCUUGUGGAAUUGAGCUGGUUUAAACCUCCUUAAGCAUCACAGUGCUCCUAAUGUUCACAGCCCCUCUCUGAUCUUGGUUCAUUUUUUAUCUUCCCACUCCUAAAGGCUUUGCCUCCGCUUGUUCUGUCCUUUCUCUUUUCUAAUUCCUCAGUGAACCACAAACUUAAGUUUGCAAAAUAAUUAUUAGUUACAAAACAUGGAAAAUGUUUAAAUUUAUAUAUUGAUCUUUGUGAUUACUGAGUACUGGUUCACUGGGCUCUGACUGGGUGAUAAGGAGGGUCAAAGGAGUUUUCAUCUGUUCAUUGAUGUUCCUGGAUGAAAACUGCCAGCCUAGUCCUUAAAGUCCCCAUCUUUAUCAGAUACCAGGUGAGUGAUAAUCAGCUUCCUAAUAAGCACGAGUGUAUUUUAAAAAGUUAGAUAAUUUUAACACUUCAUUUGAGGCGAUGCCCCUGAGUUUCAUUACUUUUCACUUUUUUAGGUAUUCCAGCAAGUACUGUCCUCCAUAUUUUAAAUAGUAGGCUUAUGCAGUUCUCCGGAUUCCUGGAGGUUAGCCACUAUGUAGACUUUAUAUUCUGCAAGGUGAGAAUUUAGAACUCGUAUGCUAUCCUCACUUUGUCUCUGCCUCAGUUUAAUUAGAUCACAAUGUUCAGUGUAAACGCUUUUAUUAAUGGCUUUGCAAGUAAACUGUUACUAUAUUUCCUAAAUAAAUUUCCUGGAGGUGAUAA